UACACGUCACUUAAUCGAUGUCAGGAUAUUAUUUCUUCUUUCAAGUGGAGUUCGGCACAACUGCAAAACGAAUACAUUUUCUAGUUCUAUGGCUAAAAUGAGAGUCAGGCAUGGUGGAUUGAUCGAACAAGGACAAGUUAAAAAAUACCACUGCACAAUCGUGACCCAAAAAAACCCCAUGAACGACAGGCAACGCACGACGGCAGAUAUGGAAUUCCAUAUUGUAGUCAACAUUGCACUUGUGCUAGUCAACCAUAUGGCGAAUUUAAUAAGUCAUUAAAGGCUCUCACUUGAGUCCACAUUCAUUGUCAUUUUACUGCCUUUGUUUUUGUUGUACAAUAAACCAGAAUUGCCUUGUGUGUCUUGAAACUAGGAGUCCGGUCACAUUCAUGUUGGUGACUUAUUAAGCAGGUUCAGCAAUCAAUUCCUUCGCCGGUACAUUUCCACCCAAACGGGCCUGCAUCCCUUUGCCUUGAGGCUGCUCUGUUAGUCUCUCAUCUGAGGAAGAAACAAGGUAACUUCAUGUCAAUUCUGAGGAAAUGGAUGCAGAUGCAACAGCAGUCUCGUCAACACCGAAGGAACCAAGAUUGGCUCACCGACCAAAUUACUUUUUGGCCAUCCCAAUCACCCAUCCUGUUAUCCUUAGAUGGGUAAGUGACAUCCAGGAUGCCAUCUGUGAGAGAGACCCGCAUCUCAAAGACUUCAGUAUCUCCUUACACAAGCUCCAUAUCACACUGUGCACAAUGCACCUGGACAGUGAGGAAGAAAUCUCCAAGGCCACCAGCCUCUUCAAGUCUCUUGAGGAAGAAGUCUCUAGCCUUCUUUCUCCUGUCACCAAGCUACAGUUUCAAAGUCUGGACCAGUUUCCCCAUUCAACCAGAGUUCUUUUUGCUCCUCCUGAGAACUCGCCCGUGCUCAUGAAGCUCAGCAAGAUGUUCACCAAACAACUUGAAGGUGGGGAUAUCAAUCUAGCUGGCACUCGUGAGAAAUACAUCCCGCAUAUGAGUAUCUUGAAGGGUGUGCCCAUUCGCCCAGAAUUAUAUAAAGAUUUCUCUGACACCUUUAUUGGAGUGCAAGCCAUAAAUGCAAUCUGUUUGUGCUCAAUGAGUGAUCCUGCCGGGGAUGAUGGGUUUUACCAUUGCUUAGCAAGACUGGAGAUCCACUCAUAAAAAUUGCAAGACACACUGCUGCAGAUCAAAGAUUCUCAAAGGAAAGCCAGUUAAUGAAAUUAUGUGUCAAAUUUCCAAGCCCAUGGACAAUUCCACAGUCUGCUACAUAUGUAGGCAUGAACUUGAAAUGAGAUGUGUCAUUUCACUUCUCUGAACAAUGAUGUGAACAUGUACUUAUUGUGGCGAAACAGGGUAGCUGCGCAGAUUUGUGUUUAGUCUGGGUCAUUAAUAAUUCAGGCAGGUCUAAAUCAUGCAUGAAACAUGGCGCGGCAACCAAUCAGAGGCGCGCAUUACCUUAGGUCUGGGCGCUGUCUGCGUGGGUUGCCAGGACUUCUCAAGA